AUGCCCUUCAAACCCAGAGAAAUCAAAGGUUAUUACGAUGCCUAUGAAAUGGGUGGUAAUCCGGAAGGUUCCAGAGUCAGAGGUGGCGGUUUUGGCUCUUAUGGAAACACAAAUCAGCAAGACUACAAUAUGAAUCAAAACUUCUGUGGUCGUACACCAGGAAAUUAUGGAGAAAAUCCAAUGUAUGGGCAAGAUUUCAGUAAUGAACAAGAGGCGAUAUGGAUCCAUAUUCAAAUGAAUUUGGGAAUGAGAGAAGGGAUUACGGAGGCUCAUCGAGAAAUCAAGGAUGGGAACAACCUGGACCAUACAAUUUUUCAAACUCAAAUCGUUGGAAUAACUCCUUUGAUCAAUAUGAUAAUUCUAGAUACAGGAGAGAAUGGCGCUAGAGAACGUCUUUCAGUCUUUGUCAUCACAAUUUAUUCUUUAAGGACGUUGAAAUCAGAGAUCCUUCGUUAA